AUCAGGCUAAAAUCCAGUGUAACACCGGAAGUGAAGCAGGACAACAUCCUGUCCUGUGUCAGGUCAAAAUGCUUGCCUUGAGAGGGGUUAAAACACUACAACGUGUUUUUUCACAACAUGGAAAUACAAGUUUAAGGAGUCUGUCAGCCACUUCUAAUGUAACCCACCGAGACGAUGACAUGCCUGAAAAGAUGGAUAACCCUUUCAAAGAACCACAGAAGGGAUGCAUACUCUGCAACAUUACAGUGGAUUACAAAAACAUUCAGUUACUGUCCCAGUUCAUAUCCCCGCACACAGGCAGAAUUUAUGGCAGACACAUAACAGGCUUAUGUGCCAUCAAGCAGAAGGAAGUUUCCAAAGCAAUCAAGAAAGCUCAUUCAAUGGGUUUCAUGUCGGUGACGCACAAGCACCCUCAGUUCAUGAAGGAUCCCAACAUCUGUGGCAUCAGGCAUUUGGACUAGUGCAUCAAUAGUACAUGUGCUCUGUUAUUUGUGUUGAAUCUGUAAAAAUGUGUCUAUUAAAGUCUCUCAAGUUGGUCUCGAGUGAGAAAGGAGUGGA